AGCUUUAGGCUUGUAUGCCCAUCGCGCAUGCGUCAAUUUUUCUCUUUUAAGAUGGGCGGGGCAGAGUCUUUGCUCCUUUGGGGAUCCUGAGAGGGUGGAGCUAAGCUGUUUCCAGGGUGACAGAGUGGCGACCUCGGUGGUCGAUUGAGCAGGUCUGAGAAUUGUUCCCAAAGGGCUGUGCGCCAUCCACUCGUCGGCGCUGUCAUGGCGGGUGUGCUGAAGAAGACCACUGGCCUUGUGGGAUUGGCUGUCUGCAAUACUCCUCACGAGAGGCUAAGAAUAUUGUACACAAGGAUUCUUGAUGUUCUUGAGGAAAUCCCUAAAAAUGCAGCAUAUAGAAAGUAUACAGAACAGAUUACAAAUGAGAAGCUGGCUAUGGUUAAAGCGGAACCAGAUGUUAAAAAAUUAGAAGACCAACUUCAAGGCGGUCAAUUAGAAGAGGUGAUUCUUCAGGCUGAACAUGAACUAAAUCUGGCAAGAAAAAUGAAGGAAUGGAAACUAUGGGAGCCAUUAGUGGAAGAGCCUCCUGCCGAUCAGUGGAAAUGGCCAAUAUAAUUAUUAAGUGACUUUGGUGUGUUGAUGGGAAACUGAUGUAAUUAAAUAUUCUGUUAUAUUAAGAGCGUGUUCUUAUUACUGACAUUUUGUAAUCAAGAAAAGUGAUAUAGAAAAUAUGUUGGAGACUGUUAAAAUUGGUGAUUCUGGUAAUGUGGUCAUGUGAAUCCAUUUUUGAUUUAUAAAGUAUUCACACAAGUUAUUUCAGAGAUGAUAUUUCUGUGAACAGAGGCCAUGGGAAGAUUUGAAAAUUAUUAAAGAAAAAUUCCUACAGAUCUUCAAUGCAGAGACCAUAAUCAAAAAGUGAAGUUUCUUUAGUAGUAUGUUCAAUACAUCAUUUAAUUUUUUAAGUUAUCCUGAAGAAGAAAAGGUCCUUAAUUAUUAGAGUCUAAACAAAUUUAUAGAUUACUGUUUGAAGUAAAUAAUACGAGUGAAUAUUUUCAAAUGUGAUAAAAUAGCACAAGUGGCUGGUGAUAAAAUUUGAAAUUAUGGUUAACCUCAGCUGUGAUCUUAUGUAUGUAAAGUAAAAUUUAAAUAAUUAUAGGUUGAUUACAAAAUCCAUAGUGUCAUUUUAUUUUAGUCAUUAUUUGAAUUAUACCAUUUACUCUGUUUUCUUAUAGUCUUAAUUUUAUUAUAUUUUGUUGUUACUGUAUUAUAUUUGAAAACCUGCAAAUUAGAAUACAUUGUACAGUUAAAGAAAUUGACUUGGUACUUAAAAGAAAGAUUUCCCAUUGCACAGAGGUUAUUGGAGAAAUUUUCCUUUUGUUGCAUUUGUGGAAGUUAGUUUUCUGGCCCGUGGCCUUUAAUUUUCUUAAUCAACCUAAUUACAUCAGGAUAGAGGUAGAGUUUCUGUAAAAGAAGAGACAUUAAGAGUUCCUGAAAUUUAUAUCUGGCAUACGGAUAGGCUUAUAUUCAAAACAUCUUAGUCAUACGACUACAAAUUAAAAGUGGAAUCACUAAAUAGUUUGCAGUAUGUUUCUAAUAUAAGUGUAGGUGGGUAUCAAAACACUACAAAUGCUGUUCAGGGAAAGAAGUUGGCAAGCUUAAGGUUAAACAAAAAUAAAAUUACAUGUGUUUUCGUCCUUUCUUCCUAGCUCCCUGUCAUUUCUAAAUACUUGGUUAAAUUUAACUUGGUAUCUUUUUCCUUAAUAGAUAGUACUAUAUCCUUAAUAGAUAGUACUAUAUCUAUUAGAUAUACUUAAUAGAUAUACUUAAUAGAUAGUACUAUAUCUAAUAGAUAGUACUUAAGUACUACUAUAUCCUUAAUAGAUAGUACUAUACUCUUGUGGGGUUUUGUGUAUACGUGUGUGUGUGCAUGCAUGCGUGCGCACAUUUGCUCAGAAUGAGAAAAAAAAAUGGUAUUUUUCCUUCUUUCCAUUAUAUUUCUCCCCUCAUAGAGCUGUAACAUGAAUACUAAAUAAAUAUUAAAUAAGGUGGAUUUUUAGAGGUUAGAGUGCAAGAAGGCUCCUUCUGGUGGGGAAGUGUUAGAGGGGGAGUUAGAAGCCCAGGGUUUCUCAUUCUCAUGGUUCUAGUAUUGUUAACUCAAUGACUACAUUGAGGCAAGUUUGGCCUGUUUCUCAGAAUGGCCUAUUUCUAAUGCUGUAAAAGAAAUAGAAUAUGAUUUAUAACAACAUUUUCAGUUCUAAACAUUUCUUGAAUAUAUAUUUAUUAAAACAUGAUCCUGAA